AAGACAGUCCUAAUGUUAUUAGAGUCGAGUGCUAUGCAGAGGAGUGUCUAUGUGUGGAGUCGUGACCACCGAAUACAUCACAAGUUUUCCGAGACGGACGCCGACCCCCACAACUCAAAUCGGGGUCUAUUUUUCGCACAUAUAGGCUGGUUGUUAGUCCAGAAGCACCCGAAGUUCGUUGAGAAGCGCAAUGAGAUCGAUAUCAAUGACCUUAAAGCCGAUCCCAUAGUUAUGUUUCAGAAAAGGCACAUGGCACUUUUGUCUCUAGUGUGUGGCAUAAUAGUUCCGGUGAUCGUACCCAUGUUAUUAUGGGACGAGAGUUUCAUGAAUGCAUUCAUAGCUAAUACACUGCGAUAUCUCUAUGCACUUCACUCCACGUUUUUAGUCAAUUCUGCGGCACAUAUGUAUGGAAUCAGGCCAUACGACGAGCUAAUAGAGCCCCGGGAAAGUAACUUUGCCAUAUAUUUUACAUUUGGAGAGGGUUAUCAUAACUUCCAUCACAGGUAA